AUGGGAUCCGAGGAGCCGACACAAGUGGACGAUCUACGUGCGCCUUUGUACAAGAAUGUGGACAUCAAUGGGAUUACUGUACGCAUGAAAUGGUGUGUCACAUGCCGAUUCUAUCGACCACCCCGCUCGUCGCAUUGUAGUGUUUGUAAUCGAUGCAUCGAAACGUUUGAUCAUCACUGUCCAUGGGUGCACAAUUGUGUGGGAAAGAGGAAUUAUCGCUACUUCUUCUUCUUCCUGUGCAGUCUGAGCAUCCACAUGCUCUACGUCUUCGCCCUGUGCUUCUCCUACGUCUGGUCUGGAUCCGACAGUUCCAACCGAGACCAUAUCCUCUCGCCACCGUACCUCUGUGCAAUUGUCCUUUUGGCUCUUUGUGCAGUGCUAUGUGUCCCUGUCAUCGGACUUACCGUAUUCCAUUUGGUUCUAGUGGCACGUGGCAGAACUACAAAUGAGCAAGUGACCGGGAAAUCACUUCCGGCUCAAUCCGUUUACGAUUGGAUGUUGGGGCAAUUGCAAGCGGACACUGUGCUACUCGCAGUUGCCAACGAAUCAGUGGAGACGCAGAGAAAUGAAUGCGGUUCCGACGAGAGACCAACGACGACACAACCACACCUGAAGAAUCGAUUCUUCUGA